AUCGAGCCAAAAUGGCAGUGAGCAGCCUAGUGAACUGCCUAUGUAAACAUUGUGAAUAGCUUCCCGACUCUCUGCUCCCUUCAUAAUUAAUCAAAUAAAGGAUUUUACAGCAUUUCCCCCGCGGACUGCGCUUCUCUGCGACGCUGUAGGCGCAGUUCGGACGCUGCAGCGGGGUUUUGUGUCGGGCGCUGCGGGCUGUGUGAGGCUGUAGCGCUGAAGGACCGGUCCAUGGCUGUGCGGGGAGCGGAGUCAGGAGCCGGCGGAGGCAUGAAAAUGUGGCUGCUGUGUGUUUCUUUGGUGAUUCUGCACUUUGUGGCCUCUGCUGAUGGGAGCUCAAAGGCUGUGACCACAACACUGACCACCAAAUGGCCCUCUACGCCUCUUCUACUGGAGGCAAGUGAAUUCCUCUCUGAGGAGAGCCAGGACAAGUUCUGGGACUUUGUGGAGGCAAAUCAGGACAUUGAAAAUGAGCAUGACGGCUCUGAUCUGUCCUACUAUGAGCUGAUCAUAAAGAGGGCUGGCCAGCUCCUGAGUCCUGUGCAGCUGAAGCUUCUCAAAUUCGCCCUAUCACUGCGCUCCUACUCAUCCACCAUACACUCCUUCCAGCAGAUUGCAUCCAAUGAGCCUCCUCCUCCAGGCUGCAGGGCUUUCUUUAGCGUCCAUGGUGAGAAAUCAUGUGACCCGGAGAGUCUGAAAACGAUGAUCGACACAGCUUCAGAGAGACCGAAACCAUUCCUGUUCAAAGGAGAUCACAGAUUUACAUCAUCCAAUCCAGGAGCUCCUGUGGUGAUUCUCUAUGCUGAGUUGGGCACCAAAGAGUUUGCUAGCUUCCAUCAGCAGAUGCUCUCCAGAGUGAACAAAGGGCUGAUUAAUUACGUUCUGCGGCAUUACCUCCCGAAUCCAAGUAAGAGUAAAGUGUUCCUGUCUGGCUAUGGGGUCGAGCUAGCCAUCAAAAAUCAGGAGUACAAGGCCAAAGACGACACACAAGUUCAAGGCGCUGAUGUCAACGCUACCGUGAUUGGAGGAAACGACCCAGUCGAUGAGGUCCAAGGUUUUCUGUUUGGAAAGCUCAAGACGAUAUACCCUGAACUGAAGGAACAGCUGAAGGAGCUCCGCAAGCAUCUAGUCGAAAGCACCAAUGACAUGGCCCCGCUCAAAGUCUGGCAACUGCAAGAUCUCAGCUUCCAGACAGCAGCUCGUAUCCUGGCAGCCCCCCCUGUAGACGCUCUCAAUGUGAUGAGGGAUCUGAGUCAGAACUUUCCUACCAAAGCCAGGUCCAUAACCAAGACGGUGGUGAACUCGGAGAUCCGUAAGGAGAUUGAAGAGAACCAAAAGUACUUUAAAGGAUCGUUGGGUCUUCAGCCUGGUGACUCUGCUCUCUUCAUUAACGGACUCCACAUUGACCUGGAUGUUCAGGACAUCUUCAGUGUGUUUGACGUGUUGAGGAAUGAGGCACGGGUUAUGGAAGGCUUGCGCAGUCUGCUCAUCGACUCGCCCUACAUCCACGAUAUACUCAAACUGAACGUGCAGCCCGCCGACUCGGACUACGCUGUGGACUUCAGGAGCCCCUCCAUCUACUGGGUAAAUAAUCUGGAGACAGACGGCAGGUACGCCUCCUGGCCAUCCAACGUGCAGGAACUGUUGAGGCCCACCUUCCCAGGGGUCAUCAGACAGAUUCGCAAGAACUUCCACAACCUGGUCAUGAUCAUCGACCCCACUCAUGAGAACACAGCAGAGCUGUUGAGUGUAGCAGAGAUGUUCUACAGUAACAAUAUCCCUCUCAGGAUUGGGCUGGUGUUCGUGGUGAAUGAUGCUGAUGACAUUGAUGGUAUGCAGGACGCUGGAGUGGCGAUGUUAAGAGCUUUCAACUACAUCGCAGAUGAGGUGGACAACCAGAUGGCCUUUGAUGCUGUAUUGUCAAUGCUGAACAGAGUGCCCAGUGGAGGGAAGCUGAAGGUGGAGCAUGUUGUCGGGGUUCUGGAGAAGCGUUAUCCCUACGUAGAAGUCAGAAGUAUUUUGGGAGCAGACUCUGCAUACGACAGCAACCGCAAGGAAGGAAAGGCCUAUUACCAGCAGACUGGAGUGGGACCACUGCCUGUGGUUCUGUAUAACGGCAUGCCUCUGCAGCGUGAGCAACUCGACCCAGAUGAACUGGAGACCACUGUUAUGCACAAGAUCCUGGAGACCACCAGCUUCUUUCAGCGCGCUGUUUACUUGGGGGAGCUGGCGUCUGACCACGACGUGUUGGACUUCAUCAUGAAUCAGCCCAACGUGGUGCCGAGAAUCAACUCCAGGAUCCUGACCACCACCAGAACCUACCUGGACCUGUCCAGCACCAAUAAUCAUUUCAUUGACGAAUAUGCCCGCUUUCUCUUCCUGGACACCAAAGAGAAGAACACAGCUGUGGCGAACAGCAUGAACUACAUGACAAAGAAAGAUGAUGGAAUCAUCCGUCCUGUGACGUUUUGGGUGGUUGGAGACUUUGACGAUCCCUCUGGACGGCAGCUCUUGUAUGACGCCAUCCGACACAUGAAAACCAGUAAUAACGUACGACUGGGGAUGAUCAACAACCCGAGCGAGAACCCCUCAAAUUCCACCACGCUGAUCGCCCGGGCCAUCUGGGCUGCCAUGCAGACACAAACGGCCAACAACGCCAAGAACUUCAUCACCAAGAUGGCAAAGGAGGAGACGGCCCAGGCUGUUUACUCUGGCACCAACAUCGUGGACUUUGCUGUCGGGGGGAUGGACGUUCCUUUGUUCCAAAGUGCAUUUGAGUCGCCUAAAGUGGACUUCCUCUUGGCUCACUCCGCCUAUUGCCGAGACGUCCUGAAGCUGCGCAAGGGCCAGAGGGCCGUCAUCAGUAAUGGAAGGAUUAUUGGUCCUCUGGAUGAGGGGGAGAUAUUUAAUCAGAACGAUUUCCUGCUUCUGGAGAGCCUUAUACUGAAGACGUCUGGGGAAAGAAUCAAGAGCAAAAUACAGCAGCUUAAUGUGGAGGAGGACAGAGCCAGUGAUUUGGUGAUGAAGGUGGACGCGCUGCUGUCCUCCCAGCCCAAAGGAGAGGCGCGGGUUGAGUACGGGUUUGCAGCAGACAGAUACAGCGCGGUGAAGAUCCGACCGAAGGAGGAGGAGGUGUAUUUUGAUGUGGUGGCUGUGGUGGACCCCGUCACCAGAGAUGCGCAGAAACUGGCUCCUCUGCUAUUGGUCCUGAAGCAGCUGGUCAACGUCAACCUGAGAGUCUUCAUGAACUGCCAGUCCAGGCUCUCUGACAUGCCGCUGAAAAGUUUCUACCGGUACGUUCUGGAUCCAGAAGUGACCUUCAUGACCGAUAACAGCUUCUCCCCGGGACCAAUGGCGAAGUUCCUGGACAUGCCACAGUCUCCUCUCUUCACCCUGAACCUGAAUACUCCAGAGAGCUGGAUGGUAGAGUCUGUUCACACGCGUUACGACCUGGACAACAUCUACCUGGAGGAGGUGGACACUGGUGUGGCUGCUGAGUAUGAGCUGGAGUAUCUCCUGCUGGAAGGUCACUGUUUUGACGUGAGUACGGGUCAGCCUCCCCGCGGCCUUCAGUUCACCCUGGGCACCGCAGCAGAUCCUGUUAUAGUGGACACCAUCGUCAUGGCCAACCUGGGCUACUUCCAGCUGAAGGCUAAUCCCGGAGCUUGGAUCCUCCGCCUGAGGAAAGGCCGAUCAGAUGAUAUUUACAAGAUUUACAGUCACGAUGGCACAGACUCUCCAGCUGAGGCAGAGGACUUGAUAGUUGUGCUGAAUAACUUCAAGAGCAAGAUUAUAAAAGUGAAGGUGCAGAAAAAGCCGGACAAGAUGAACGAGGAGCUGCUCAGUGACGGCACUAAUGAGAACGACUCUGGGUUCUGGCAGUCCCUAACAAGGGGCUUCACCGGAGGUUCAAAAGUGGAGGAAACCAAGCCGGAUAAAGACGAUGUCAUCAACAUUUUCUCUGUGGCUUCCGGUCACCUGUACGAGAGGUUCCUGAGGAUAAUGAUGCUGUCCGUACUGAAACAUACCAAGACGCCGGUCAAGUUCUGGUUCCUGAAGAACUACCUGUCUCCUACCUUUAAGGAGUGGAUCCCCUACAUGGCUAAGGAAUAUGGUUUCCAGUAUGAGUUGGUUCAGUAUAAGUGGCCUCGCUGGCUGCAUCAGCAGACGGAGAAGCAGAGGAUCAUCUGGGGCUACAAAAUCCUCUUCCUGGACGUGCUCUUCCCGCUGGCUGUGGACAAGAUCCUGUUUGUGGAUGCUGAUCAGAUAGUGCGCACUGACCUGAAAGAGCUGCGUGACUUUGACCUGGAGGGGGCACCAUACGGCUACACUCCGUUCUGCGAGAGCCGGAGGGAGAUGGAUGGCUACCGUUUCUGGAAGUCUGGCUACUGGGCGAGCCACCUGGCUGGCCGCAAGUACCACAUCAGCGCUCUGUAUGUGGUGGAUUUGAAGAAGUUUAGGAAGAUCGCUGCAGGAGACAGACUGAGAGGACAGUACCAAGGUCUGAGCCAGGACCCCAACAGUCUUUCUAACCUGGAUCAGGAUCUGCCAAACAACAUGAUUCAUCAAGUGCCCAUCAAAUCUCUGCCCCAGGAGUGGCUGUGGUGUGAGACCUGGUGCGAUGACUCGUCCAAAAAGAAUGCCAAAACUAUAGACCUGUGCAAUAACCCCCAAACGAAAGAGCCCAAGCUGCAGGCCGCUGUGCGGAUAGUGUCAGAAUGGACAGACUAUGACCAGGAAGUCAAGAGGAUUUACAACAAGUUCCUGGAGGAGCGAGAAAGGGGUGGACCCUCAGGAAGCAGCCAGACGCAAGGAAGGACACAGAGAGGUGAUGAGAAGCACACAGAGCUGUAGGCGGACGGUCUCCAGCGGAGGAACGACUGACUCUGUUUAAAGAGUCGUCUUUUUUCCUUUUGUCUUUUUUUUUCUUUGUUUUUUUAAUAAGCCUAUUGUCCUGGAGCGGGGUCCACGUUGGCGCUGUGAAACUUGAAUGGGAAUUAUGCAUCCUCUCUGGGCAGUCUGGGGGUAGGAAUAGAAAGGGUUCGGGACACGGAGGAGGGGUGCAUUUCCGUCCCGUGGUAAACUGAAGCACUUCUCUGGACGCUGUGCUGGCUCCCCCUGCAGGGCUAUCGUGGAAUUAUGAAUAAUGGGAAAUUGCGUUAUGAGCUGUAUUUUGAUUGGUGAGGAGAACAGAGGCCUGGUCGUUGCUACUGAACCUGGGUACGCCUUUCACUUUGCGAGUCCCUCCAGUGUCAGUAAAAGUGGUAGAAUGUGAGUAAACGUGUGUGUGUGUGUGUGUAAGUAUGUGUGAUUCUGUUUUUCCUUUUCUGUUCUCCCCUUUUCCUUCCUUCCUUCCUUCCUUCCUUCCUUCCUUCCUUCCUUCCAUCUUCCCUAACUUCAGCCCUCAAUUACCACAUUUACUCCCUCCCACCCCUACUCUCUUUCUCCCCAUUACCUUACUUCCUCUCUCCCUUUUUUCCCUACAAUCUUUCUUCCUCCUUACCAUUCAUUACCCUCCCUUUCCGUUACUUCCUUCCUCGCUUAAUCCCUCUCUUUCCUCCCUACUCUCUUUCUCCCUCCUUACCUUAUUUCCUCCCUCCCCUAAUCCCUAUCUUCCUUCCCUACUCUUUUUUUUUUCCUUCUUACCUUCCUUCCUUCCUCCCUUAUCUCCUCUGUUCCUCUCUUCCCUCACUUCCUUCCUCCCUACUCUUUUCUCUUUUCUUUCUUUACUUCCUCCCUCCCUUACCUCCUCUGUUCCUCCCUUUUCUUUAUUUCCUCCCACACUUAAUAUCUUCUGUUUUUCCUUACUCUCUUUCUCCCUCAUUACCUUGCUUCCUCCCUUUCUUUCUUCCCUACUCUUUCUUCUUACUUUUUUCCUUACUUACUUCCUUACCUUAUCCUGUCUGUUCCGCUUCUCCCUCACUUCCUUCCUCCCUAACUUCCUUCCUCCCUCCCUUAUCCCCUCUGGUCUUCUCUUAAUCCCUCCCUUUCUUCCCAACUCUUUUCCGUCCUCCUUUCCCUCCCUUCCCUUACUUCCCCAUCCCUUAUUGCCUCACUCCCUUCCUUCCUACCCUACGUCCUCCCCCCCCCUUAUCCCUCCCUUCCCUUACUUCUUCAUCCCUUACUCCCUCCCCCCAUUCCCUCUGUUCUUUCCUUAAUUUGUCUAUUCUUCCUUACUAACUCACUCCCACCUCCUACCUCCCUCCCUCAUUCUCUAAUCUUUCUCUUGCUCUCUUAUUCCCUCACUCUGUCCUCACUCUCAUUUCCUUCCUCCCUCCAGCCAUCCCUCCAUCCGCUACUCAGUGAUUGAAUUCUAGAGGCAGCUCCAUGCCUGUCGCUUUAUUGUCAUGAUGUUGAAAGUGUGGUACUGUUGCAUGCUGUUAGUGAGGAAUUCGCACGUUCUGAAGCUCGGACGAGUUUGAGUUCUUCUUCUGCUGCUGCUGGUGUUGGUGGUGAGUGAGUGAGAGAGAAAGAAAGAUAGCCAGUGUUUUGUUUUGUUUUGUUUUACGACAUGUACUUUUCCAACCUGUAAUUUAUUGGCUUUAUUGGAUUUCUGUGCUCGUAGAAAUGCUGAGUUUUCUAUACGGCCUUCUGUAGCCAAAGAUAAAGAUGAAUCUCGUCUGUGGUCUCUUACUUCACUGAACCAGUCUAAAGGAGUUGUUAGAGACCCUGAUUUGAAUUAAACUGAAAAACUGCGAUCAGUACGGAAGUAAUGUAGAGCUACGCUGCUGGUUCUGGUUUAUUUCGUCUUUGCUUUUCUUCCCUUUUUGAGACUCAUCAGUUUGGCCUGGCGCUGGCCUGCGUUUCAGAAUACCCGCCCAUGUGGCCGCAUGCCUCAGACCACUAAAACUCCACGGACUUGACCAUCGAACAGACAAACGACCCCCAAGAGAAAGCACAACCAUGACGGAUCUGGACGCUCCGUUCCGUGCCUUUCGCUCGGCCACGUCUCCGAGGUGCGCCUGAUGCCGCCUCGUCUUCAACUGCAUCUGCUGUACUGUCCAAUCAUGGGGGGAAAGGGGGGACUGAUAAAUUCAGUCACUUUGAUUUUUGAAUUUGUUUUGGGGUUAAUGUAGGUUUGAUCGUGGGAAUAUUGGUUAUUUUUUAAUAAAACUGUACUAAAUUCC